AUGCAGCGGUUCGAUGACGAUGGUGAACAGGCGAUCGAGUCAGUUAUGCGGAAGAAGGGGUUUUCUACACAUGGGGGUGCUUUCACGUCCCCGGCAUCUUCGAACUUCCGCCACUGUGUCCGUGAGAUUCGAGCAAGCUACGCUGUGGUGGAUAUAUUGCAAAAACGGGCUGCUACAACGUUCGAUAGCGGUGAUGCACAGCAUGAGAAGAUGUUGCUUGAGUUCUGGAGGUUGGCGAAGCCAAACGAAACCUUGAGGAACCGCAUCUCGGACCAGUGGCAGACGAUAGGGUUCCAAGGGAAGGAUCCUGCGACAGACUUCCGCGGCAUGGGCCUUCUGGGUUUGGACAAUCUGAUAUACUACGCGCGACAUCAUCCCAAGUCGUUCCAGCGAGUCUUGGAGAUCUCGCAUCACCCUACUGCAUGGUUCUCGAUGUCCAUCGUGGGAAUCAACAUCACAGGCUUUGUGUUGGAACUCGCACGAAAGGGAAAACUCCAGCUCUUCUUCUAUACGUUCGGUUCUUCGGAAAAUACGUUUGGAGAGGUCUACUCUUACAUCUUCGACGGGUUUGCACAAUUCUGGGAUGCGCAACAUGGGAUCACCGUAAUGGACUUUAGUCGGAUGUUCAAAAUGUUCCAGGGAGUAGUGAAGUUAGACAUCGCGACAAUGAGGCGGCCAACCUUACUUGGCUACACGGAAGAGGAAGAUGGCGGGGAGGAAAAGAAAAGACUUUGA